GAAGACUCAGUGGGGAGAGCUCCCGCAGGGCCGGGUGAUGCCAUCCCCUUUCCCGCGAAAUCCACCCGUCCAACACCGCUAAAGUGAGCGUCCCUGUGUGCCUGGCCCCGUGAGCAGCCCUGCCCCGGGCGGGCCCCAGCCCUCACGGAGCACACUACUUGGGGAAACCCCAAACACGAUGAGCACGAGUUCAGAGAGCCGCUUAGGGCAGGAAAUAACUACGGCGCGCGCCGUGAGGCAGGGAAAGGCGGCCAGUCGUGCUGAGGAACCCGGCGCGGGGUGGGCAGCCGACGCGGGCCCGGGCUGCGCGGCACGAGAGGGUUAAGUCGCCGGCCGGCGGGGAAGUAGUCCCGGCCGGGCGCCCGGCCCCGCCCCUGCAAGGCGGAGGGACGCAUCACUCAGGGGUGGAGAGGCAGGAUCCGUGCGCAGGGUUGCUAAGGGUGAAACUUUUCAUUGACUUUGCUCACUUCGGGCUGGGGCGCGGCACGGUGUGGGUCGUCGGCGGAGGGAAGCGAGUGGCUGGGGCGACAAGGGCCAGAAGGGCAGGACCGCCCACCGGCCAAAACCCCGACCGUCCUCCGCCCCGCGAAACGAGCCACCCUCGGGUCCGCCAUCCCCGAGCCGGCCAUCCCCGCGCCGUCGCUGCCGGCCGGCCCGCCCUCCCUCCGUCCCCCUGCCACCGAUCCCAACCUCCAGAAAGCUGAAAGAAUUAUUAUUGAGAGUCAUAGCCCAUAAGCCCCUCCUCGAUCGUCCCCUGACCCUCAACGACGAAAAGGACACAUCGGCCCCCGGCCCGGUGGCGCCCGGGAAGGAAGGGAGAGCGACUCCGCCCCGCGCUCAGGACCACCCUGGAGGAAGAAGCCGCCCCGCGGCCGGCAGAGCGCCCCGCCGCCGCGGAGACCCGAAGCUGUCUGGAGCCCAAGGCUGUCCACCUUGUAUCUUCUUCCACUGCCCUUGGCCUGUACACGUGCCCUGUGCUGAUUCUCUGCCUAGGAAAGGACCAUGCAGCUGGAGAUCAAAGUGGCCCUGAACUUCAUCAUCUCCUACUUGUACAACAAGCUGCCCCGACGCCGGGCAGACCUGUUUGGGGAGGAGCUAGAGCGGCUUUUGAAAAAGAAAUAUGAAGGCCACUGGUACCCUGACAAGCCACUGAAGGGCUCUGGCUUCCGCUGUGUCCACAUUGGGGAGAUGGUGGACCCUGUGGUGGAGCUGGCUGCCAAGCGGAGUGGCCUGGCAGUGGAGGACGUGCGGGCCAAUGUGCCUGAGGAGUUGAGUGUCUGGAUUGACCCUUUCGAGGUGUCCUACCAGAUUGGUGAGAAGGGGGCUGUCAAAGUGCUAUACUUGGAUGAUAGUGAGGGCUGUGGUGCCCCAGAGCUGGACAAGGAGAUCAAGAGCAGCUUCAACCCUGACGCCCAGGUGUUUGUGCCCAUCGGCAGCCAGGACAGCUCCCUGUCCAACUCCCCAUCACCAUCCUUUGGCCAGUCACCCAGCCCCACCUUCAUCCCCCGCUCCGCCCAGCCCAUCACCUUCACCACUGCCUCCUUCGCUGCCACCAAAUUUGGUUCCACCAAGAUGAAAAAGGGUGGCGGGGCAGCAGGUGGGGGGGGUGUGGCCAGCAGUGGGGCAAGUGGCCAGCAGCCACCACCGCAGCAGCCUCGCAUGGCUCGCUCGCCCACCAACAACCUGCUGAAGCACAAGAGCCUCUCUUUGUCUAUGCAUUCACUGAACUUCAUCACGGCCAACCCGGCCCCUCAGUCCCAGCUCUCGCCCAAUGCCAAGGAGUUCGUGUACAACGGCAGUGGCUCUCCUAGCCUAUUCUUUGAUGGAGCUGAUGGUCAGGGCAGUGGGGCUGGCACCUGCAACAGCAGCAGCUUCGACAUGGCCCAGGUAUUUGGAGGUGGUGCCAACAGCCUCUUCCUGGAGAAGACACCCUUCGUGGAAGGCCUCAGCUACAACCUGAACACCAUGCAGUAUCCUAGCCAGCCGUUCCAGCCCGUCGUGCUGGCCAACUGACCAUCCCCCCACCCAGGGCCAGGAGCACUCAAGACCACGGAAAAGAGAAAAGAAAGGAAAGGCCAAAAAAAAGAGGAAAAGAAAAAUAUACAAAAAGAUUUCCAAUCUUCUCACUCUUGCUUCUAGAAAAAAGAUCCAGCCUAGGCAUGGAAUGGGGGGGUUCUCAAAGCACUGAGUCGUGUUUAACUCACCACCCUCCACCCCACACCCCCCUACCGAUUGCCUGCCUGCCUCUGAUUUAUUUGGUUGGUUUGGGUUUUGUAUUUCUUUUUGUUGUUUUUUUUUUUUUACAUGUAGUUUUCUAUAUAACAUCUUUAAUUAGUGGCUUCCUGUGCUAAGAAUGGUCCAGAUGUGAAUUGCUGCUCCCUAUUCCUCCCUCCCUCCUUCACACUCCUGGUUUAGGGUUGGUGUGUCCAAGCUCACAGGGAAGGAAGAGCUGCAGCUGGAGCCUGGCCCUCCCUGGAAUGGGGAGAGGCCAGCCCUUGUCACUGCCUCUGUCACCCAGCUUUCCUCGCAUUCAAAGCCAUCCAACCUCAGCAGGCCUUCUCCAGCCCUGCCGCCCAGUAGGUCAGACCCCAGCCCCCACUCCCUUUCAGGCUGAGCCCUAGGGAGCUGCUGGCUGGCCACUCACACCCUCCCCCUCGAGCUGAUGUCUGUGACUAUGGAGAGGAUAGCACUUUGUCUCAUUGUAUCCCUUUCAUCUCUGUCCUGUGGCCCCACCAUCCCCUCCUGGCACAGACCAUCAUCAUGGCCCUGGGGACCUGGCCAUUGAUAUGUGUGGCCUCUUUCUCUCAUGCAGGCCCUUCUUCCCUGAGCCCGAGGUUGUGGGUGGGGCAAGGGGCAUGUGUGUAGGUGUGUGGGUGUGUGCACUUGGCGUGUGUAGGUGUGUGUGCGGUUUGCUGUCCUUUUUUAAAGGAUUCCAAGCCAUGUGAAACUUCCCUCUGGAUGUGAUUCUGGGCUGCAGCAAGUGCUUAUUUGUGUGUGAGGCUGGGGAAUGGGCCGGGGGUGUCUGUCGGUCCUUUUCAGGGCAGGACACGUGGUGGGGUGACGCUGCACCUGAGCCUGAGACACUCCCAAGGGAAAGCACUGCAGAAGGAGCUGGUUUCUAGACUGCAGACGGAUCUGCACUUUUGUUUUUGACCAAAAAAUAUAGGUUAGCUCUGAAAGGCAGAGGGAAUACGCAAGCCUCUGAUGCCUAAGAAAAGUCCCUGGACUUCCACCCUCCUGUCGUGUGACCUUUGCCCAGGGGUGGGGAGCUGCUCUCCUGAGCACCCUCGGAGGUGGGGUGGGAGUUUGGAGCCAGUGCCUGUAGUGGACAGUACUGAGCCUUGAAUUGAGACUUUUUGGUAUUUGAGUUGUGGAUGUUAUUUUAGUACCUUUGUGCCCCUGCCUGAUGGAGAGCUCCUUGGUACCUCUUGCCAUCCCCUCUCACUGCCCUGACCCAGCCCCACUGGACCUCGAUGCUGUGAGGAGUGGUGUCUUGGGCCAGCCAGUGUGUUUGGACAUAGAAGAACACUUGCUCCUUUGCCUCUGCUAGCAGAGAGGUGGCUUCUCCAACCCUGGGGGCCAGCUUCCAUGCCACGAUGCUUUGGCAGGUGGGGCACUUGGAUCAGGAUCCCAUCACUAGAAAGCACCAAAGCCCUGGCACUGCAUCCUCCCAAGGACCCCAAGUGGGCAACUGCUGUGGCAGUGAGUCCGGCCCAGACAGACACUGCCAGCUUCCUCUCCCUGCAACGGGCACCAGCUCUACCUCCCCGACAGGCGACGCCCUGGCUUCUUGGCCCAGCACCAUCUAUCCCCCAGACCUCUCAGGGGCCAGCCCAGUCUGGGCCACCCUCUCCCUCCUCAGCUCCCACACAGGUGACAGGCCCAGGCAGAUGGCUUCUCUCUGGGAAAGGUUGGAUGCCGCCUAACUCCCCUUCUAGGCCUUCCUCCUACUCACACACACAGGUACCCACCCGCACCCAGGUCGCCUAUUCCUCACCACAUAUAGGGAGACGGGGGAGACCAGCCCCUUUGUGUCUUUUGAAAUACGAAGAAAAAUGUGUGUUCAGGAGCAUGACUCCAGUGCUGGGCUCUUGGGCCCAGGUCAGUCUGUCUUGUCUCAAAUCUAGGCAUUUUUGCUUCAAUUUUAUUUUUUUUAAGAAAACAAAAACAAAUCUGCACUAAUUUACCUGGUUUCGUAGGAAAACUUUUUUUUUAUUUUUUACAUUUUUUGGUGUCCGUUUGUAUUGAAUAAUUUGCUACAUUUGUAAAAUGUAAGAGGUAUAUAUAAUAUAUGUAUAUUUCUAACGUAAAAAAACGUAAUUUUCUUUUCAGGAUUUUUUCUUAAAAAGAGGAAAGAAACAUAUUUUUUCAGGAAAAACAAACUUUAAAAUAAAAAAAAGGAGAAUAAAACCUUUCUCCCCUUUCCCCAUCCUCUCUCUCUCUAUCCCUCUUUCCCAGGAACAAAUCAAAAGGUGGAUUAUCUUGUGAAGACUGUAAACUGUCAGCCCAGACGAUGUCUUUUUCUCAGUGAGCUGCAGACUCGAGUUUUCUCCCUAGGGUUGGGAAGUGGGUGUUAGGGCGAGCGAGGAGCUGGGGGAGCAGGGUAGUGAACUUUUUCUUUAGUGAAGGAGGGAUACAAUCAAGCAUUUUGUAUUCAGAAUGUUGUGCAAUAUUUUGGAAUGGGACAUUGGUGUGUUUAGAGAUUUUAGUUUAAAAACAAAACAAAAAGAUUGAUCAAAUCUGUACAGUUUAUAUUGUUCCAGAUUUUUUUAAGUUUGUAUUAAAAGCAUGAUAUAUAAUA